GUGGUUGCACCAAACCAGGAAAAAUACUCAGUCAACGCAAAUGUGCGAAGUUUAACGUUGAAAAAAACAAAUCUGUCUGAAAGUUGCGAUGUUUUACUGGAUGAAGAGAGACAGCGGGGGGUCGGAGGCUCUGGACGGACUCGCUAACAUGUCUAAAUCCGAGAUACUGAGAGGGAUCGUCACCGAGAAACUGACCACGGCCGCGCAGGAGAUCUUAGCGGUGGUGGAGAGAACCGUAGCCGGGUACGAGGAGGAGGCGGCGGGCUUCCGACGGGAGAUCGACCGGCAGAGGAAGCAGCUGGAGGUCAUCCUGCAGCCUCGGGUCACUCUGGAGAAAACAGUUCUGAUUCAAGAUGAAGCAGGUCAGGAUGUGGUUGUUCUGAGUGAGGAGGACACACAGAAGACAGGUUUGGAGGACACCGGGAGUCUGAGCAUGUGGUGGGAUGGUGAGGAAGAUGAAGAGCAGCAGCUUUCAGAACAUCUGACAACUCCGAGUUCAAGACGAAGAAAAGAAGACCUGAAGGACCCCGAUUUUCAAAUCACACCGAGAGUUAGUUCUGGCAGGAGAAAACCAGGCAGACCCCGACUCAGUGACUCCCAGAACCACCUAGACCUCAAGAUCCGCAUCCUGGAGAACUCUCAGAUCGAUGUCCUCUCAAAUAGAGUGUUUCCAAACUCUCCGCUCAAGGACCUGAGGUGUCCUCGCGGACUACAGGAGGCGGACUUCCUGGACCUGCUCAGGUCGACCUUCCCUCAGCUGGUCGAUCAGGAACCGUUAGAAUUCUUCACGUCCGACAGAUCGAGACGACUUCUUCCUCUGAGCGUCACGACUCUGACACCUGAGGAGAUCUGCAGGAGCGUCAGGCUGAGCGGGGCGGGAAAGUCUGCCCUCUACAUCCGGCAGAAGACGGCGGGGGAUCCUCAGAGCAGUGACGAUGUAAACCUCCUGCAGAGAGGAGAUGUGUCUCCGUCCACGUCAGCACAUCAAGCGUCCACCAGAGUUCUGUCUGAAAGGAGGAAGCGUGGCAGACCCCGCCUCGGAGAAGAACCGACUCACCACCGUCUCAGAGUCUGCCUGCUGGAGGACUCCCCGUCUGACGUGCUCUCUAAAGGUGAAACUUCGAGAUGGCGUUCUGAGUGAAGUUUGAUGGA